CUGUUACGCCGACGACACCGCCUCCUCCGCCGUUAGUCGCACGGUUACCCCGGCUCUCCGCCCCUCCUUUCCGCGGCGCUCGUGGGACCAUGGCCGAUCCUCGCGUGAGGCAAAUCAAGAUCAAAACCGGCGUGGUGAAGCGAUUGGCUAAAGAAAAAAUGAUGUAUGAAAAAGAAGCAAAACAACAAGAAGAAAAGAUUGAAAAAAUGAAAGCCGAAGAUGGUGAAAAUUAUGCCAUUAAAAAGCAGGCAGAGAUCCUGCAAGAGUCCCGGAUGAUGAUCCCAGAUUGCCAGCGCAGGUUGGAAGCGGCAUACGCUGAUCUUCUGCAAAUAUUAGAGAGUGAAAAGGAGUUGGAAGAAGCUGAGGAAUAUAAGGAAGCACGUUUAGUACUGGAUUCAGUGAAGUUAGAAGCCUAAAGUUUUUCUGUACAGGGUGUUUUUUGCAAUUAAACCUGGGAUUCAUUCCACAAUUCAUUGUUUUUGACCACUGCUGUUUGUUCAAGUAGUAUGAGAAUGUGAUUCUUUUUAUGUAGUUGCAAAUAUUUUUCUUUGCCUAAUUUAAUGUGUCAAAUAAAUGAAUUCAUCUAAUAAAA